CUGCUGUCCGCCACAAUUAUCUGUCAGUGUGGGGGAAACUGGCGCAGAGAAUUGCGCAUCCUGCUUAUCUCUCUUUCUUUUUCUCUUUUCUUUUCUUUUUUUUUUUUUUACAAAGAAGUAAAAAUAAUGAUAAUUGAUUGUAUCUUUUAUUGAUUGGAUAUUGUAUUUCAGCCCAACCAAAACUACAUGUAUAGACAUGCUUGCAGCGCAGAGGAGCGACACUUUCCAGGGAAGGAUCCGCUUGGACAGCUUUUACGCAUCGCACAUCUUGGAGCGUCGGUUGAGAUUACAGUGAAAUAAAAGGUCUACAGCGUUACUGCGCCCUGCGUGCGGGCCGUAUAUAUCCAUAAUGAGGUACGGAUCUGUGAUCGUUUCUGCUGGGUGCACAGCUUUGCUCAGUUUCUGCCUCCUCGCAGUGGCAAUUGGGACUGACUACUGGUACAUCAUCGACGUGAAUAAACCCAACCACACAGACUCAGACGACCUGAGUUCUCAUUCUGGACUGUGGAGGAUUUAUGGAGCAAACAGUAGUUCGGUCAUCCCUUCUUUCACGGCAAACAUGUCCAGCCUGUCAGAGGUGGAAAGGCACCUUCUCGGCUUACACAAGGUGGUGGUCAUCCUGCUGCCCCUCAGCCUGGUCAUGCUGGUGUUUGGCUGGAUCUUUGGUCUUGUCAGUUCGUUGGCCCGCAGCCCGAAAUUGUUGGCCGGAUCAGCAACACACCUUCUCCUCUGCAGUUUUUUCACCCUGUGCGGCGUCAGCAUCUACAUCAAAUAUUCAAACCGGGCCAUGGAGGAGUUCCAGCAGAUCGUGUCCCCGGGGGACCUCGCCUAUGUGCACGUGUCCUUCGGCUGGUCCUUGGCCUUGGCCUGGCUCUCCUACAGCCUUGAGGUGACCACCGGGCUGCUGCUCAUGCGCGCCGCUGCAAUAACUCAUAUGAAGGGACGUUAUGACUCUGGAGUGGCUAUUGCCAUGUUAUAGAAGGAGUGAGUGAAGAAGAAAAAAAAGCCUUGAGGUUGGAUGGUAUUUUGUUGCUUUUAAAAUGUAUUUAUUUCCUGUAGUGAAAUAGAGCAGUAUUCAUUAUUUUGCAUUUGCAGUUCUGUCCAAGUUUGCAGCAAAAAGUAUAAUGUCUUUUCCGUGAAAUGUGUCUUGAAACAUGUUUUUAAUUUAUUGAACGCAGCUUCAUCCGCAGCCCAACUGCAAACUGCAUGUCAAUAUGAACAAAGGCAAACUGUGCGUUUCAGUCGUAUGGGGUAAUUUUUUCUUUUGAUGUGUGUCAGAUAGGCUUUUCUACUCGAGGAGUAAAUCUGUACCACUACUACACCCAUUACACCUACUACACCCACAUAUAUAUGUAUUUAUAUAUAUACAUACAUAUAUAUGGUUUACUGCUGAUUCUGCAGCAGAAAAACACCAUGCAACGGAGACACCUACACUCCAGCAUAGUCACAGGUGCUAGAGUUUGUUGUAUUUCAUAAUACAGCUGCUGCAUUGUUGCUCCAUUUUCUGGAGUAAUUUCCAUUUCACGGCUUUUGAAGAGCAUUUAGCGUUUGAUCAAUGUAAUUGUUAUGACAAUGUUGGCUGCAGAGUAUUAUGGAUUUUUAAGGAAAUACAAAACAUAAUAGUUCAGCCCUUUUGCUUACAACAAUCCUGCUGGUAAAUUCUUUAAUCACAGGAACCGGGCUGAGGAUAAGUGCACUCUUGAGGAUCCCUCAAGCAGUUUUCAGCAGAACAAAAUAUGCUCAUAGUUGCUGUCAGCUUUGCCGUAGUUAACAGCUACAUAUUGUAAUGAUCUGCCUGUGCUGUACAAAAUGAGACUUCUGCUCUCUGCAUACUGAAAGUAAAAAAGCGCUGUAACCAUGAAAAAA